UUAACCCCACUCCACAGCUGCCAACACAAACACAAACGCGGAUAAAAUACAGUUACAGAUGUAGCGUGGUCAUUGAGAUAUACGUACGAGAGAGCAGGAAGUUGUGUUGUAUUGGUAUUAAGCCUUCGUGCUUGGGUUUUUAUCGUUCAGUUCACGGCAGUGCACGGCUGUUGACGGGGCGAACGGUUGUGUUGUGGCUUGUGGCGCGUCUACGUGCGCCCGAGCCCCAUACAAUCCCGAAAAUGCCAAUUAACAAAAUGGCUAGGAAACUUCAACACUCGAGUUGUAUCGUUUUGGUGUUAUUCUGUGGUGUUUUAUUACCCAAAACAGUGCUAACUGAGGAUGACUUUGCGACGAGAAUGCGUGCCAUCAGCAAGGAUUUGGAUCGACAGUUGCAGGAGAUGAUGGCAUCUCAGGCUGUUGAAUUUACAUCUGUUAAUACAACGGGACUGCCUUACAAUGCAACAACAAAGUUCAAUCCCAAGGGCAUGGGACAACUGUACAAUGUUACUAAUCUGUUUAUUGAUAUUGUGCAGUCUAAGCAGGCAUAUCCGGAGGGAAUGAUAACGGUAAAUGAUCGACAUUUGGAGUUUGCCGAUCCUGCUAAAGAGUGGAAAAUCAUUGUCACUCACUAUGGUGGACUGGCAGGACUCGCUGUUGCCGGCCUCUUACUUGCUGCAAUACUGCCAUGUGUUGGACUUUUUUUCUGCUGCUGCCGUUGUGCUGGACACUGUGGUGCAAGGAGCCAACCGUUUGACAAAAAACAUGAUCACUGCCGCAAAGUAUUUCUCAGCUUUAUCCUCAUUUGCGUUGCUACAAUCAUACUAUUUGGAGUGGUCUGUGCAUUCGUCACAAAUGAAUACAUGCAAGAGGGUACAGAAGACCUUCCGAGCCAAGCAAAGACAAGUUUGAAGGACCUGGAGUUAUAUUUAACAACAACCAAGUUGCAAAUAAAUACUCUCCUGAAGGAAAACUACAACGAACUCGAGAUAACUCUGAAUAAAAUACUUCAAGCGAGCGGUAGAAUAGUCACUGAGGAGCUUGCCAUUUAUUCUCAUGCCGUCUCCCUGACAAAUUUGAGUGACAUCGUCUCUGGAUUGGAUGCAAUAAGACAAGACUUGAGAAUGAUGAAUCAAAUAACCCAGGAAUUGAGGACCAAUGCCAGCCAACUAGAUAUCGUAGUUAGGGGAGUUAAAAAAGACUUGCUACACAGUUUGGCAGCAUGCAAGACUCAUGCGUGUGAGCAACUGUUGCAGGACUUCAAAAUUAAUCAGUUAUCGGUGCAGGUUGAAUUCGAUAAGUACUUGGAUCAAUACUUCCCCAAGCUUCCUGAUGUUACGUUCGCCUUACGUAACAUAACAUCCCUGAUGGAAGGCAACAUUGUCUCUGAGGUGCGUCAGGGCAAGGAAUCCUUCCUGAGGAUUCAACGUGACAUCCAGCGCGCCGUCAAUCAGACGAUUCCCGUCGUCAGCACAAGCAUAAGAAAGGCCGGUCAAUCACUAUCAGAGACGGCAAACAACAUCACGAGUAUGAUUGAUAGGAUCAAUCGAGAUAUCAAUAGAGUCUACAUUCCCCACUUGAAAAUAGCCCAGGACAACAUAGACCAAUACUCAUUGUACAGAUAUUACAUGGGUCUCGGUGUCUCUGGUAUUCUGCUGACAGUCCUCAUGUGCCUGACAUUUGGGCUCUGCUGUGGUAUAUGUGGAAAACGCCCAGAUGGCUAUGGUGACGACUGCUGCAAUAAAGGCUCAGGGGCGAGAUUCUUAAUGUUAGCUGUUUGGAUAAUAUUUUUAUUGACAAGCGCACUCAUGAUUAUCACCUCAGCGCACAUGAUAACAGGUGUUGUGGUGCAGAGAGGGAUUUGCGAACCACUGAAGAAUCCUCGUGACAAUCGCAUGUUCAAGCUGGUCGAUGAUUUUGUACAGGUCAAAAGUUUGCUUUAUCCAAACAAUCAGCACGCAGACAUAAACAUGAGCUGGAUACUCACUAAAUGUCAUGCCAAUGAGACACUCUACAAAGUCCUGAAAUUGGAAUAUCUUAUUGAGCUUGAUUCACUGAGGAGUUACGUUGAGCGUUAUGCUAUCAGUAGCACAAUCGAUGAGUUACGAAAAAUGAUUAAUUUAAAGCCGGGAAUUAUUAUCUUGACUGAGAGUGCCACAGCUAAACUGAAUGACUUGGCGCAGAGUGGAUUGAGUGAUAUCAAAUUUUAUCAGUAUGCUGAACUCUUGAAGGAUAAUAUAACGAACAUUAACUUGGAGCAUCUUGGUAAUAAGUUGAAACAAGUGGCUGCUGAAUUACCACCUGGUCACGAGGAGAUAAAGGACAGCUUAAUUAAAAAUGCCCACGAUUUGGAGCAUUAUCAUAAGGAUUUAGUAAUGCCAAUGACGUCACUCAGCGAACAGCUUAGUAAGAGUGCUAUGACGCUCGAGGAGCACAUUAAAUUCAACCAUAGCUCUAUGCCUGAGGCUAUUCUUAACUUGGUGCAUGAGGUCAUGAGUGCUCAGCAGUUUUUGAAUAAAGAUGGUCCAGAAUAUGUUAAUUAUCUUGCUACCAAGUUUGGUGAGACUUUUCUGCAGCAGGUCAAUGAUUUCUUGGAACAUCUCAUCAGGAACUCGAAGGAAACUGUCGGCAGAUGCGGACCGGUCUCUAAUGCUUAUAAUGCGACUAUUGUUGCUGGGUGUAACAAAAUUCUGGACCCAUUCAACGGAUUUUGGGCGAGUGUCGGCUGGACCCUGAUUCUCUUCAUUCCGACAAUCGUUCUCUGUGUCAAGCUCAGUGCCCUUUACCAGAAAUCCGAUCCAUACCCAGGGCCCCUAGUCGAGACAGAAUAUCUGUAUGACGCAUAUGCCGACAGGGAUAACAUGCCUUUAGCUCAUGUACACGAUAAGAAGCAUAAGGCACACAGCAGGCAUCAUCCCUCUGCCUACGUGGAGAGUUAUGAUGGCCCAGCAGCAGCGGGGGUCUACACUGGUAGGGAAAGAGUUGCUGAUGCUCAUCAAGGCUCAUCCCACCACGACUCGAGAUACUCCGAUCUUGCGCCAAAUUUCGCCCGUUCAUGGCAACGCCAUGAUCGUGUUGCGACCUCAAAACCUGAAAGUCCAAAUAAAGUCUAUAGUAUCCCGCUAGAGUCGCAAAAUUGGGAUUUUCCAAAUGGCGGGCCACCAAGGUAUCAGCCGCCGGCUGGUGCUCCACCAUUAAGCACUGAAUAUGAACGUCCACCUCCUUAUUACUAUCCAGGCCCUGGGGAUAGAAAUUAGGAAACAAGUCCCGUGGCAUACACGAAAUAUGCAUUUACUAGUGCACCGAGUUACAACCUGACUCAGAGUUACAAAAGAUCGAACAAGAAGAAACCAAUGAAAUCAUCAAACAAGAGAGAUUACGUUUGAAGAUAUGGCUUUUGUUCCCAUGAGGAAUAUGGUGUGCCACGGACCCAUUCACAUCGACAAAGAUAUUCAACAUAACAAAUAUUUCAGAGGUACAUUACAUAAGAGACUGAAGUUAUGCGAUAUGACCGAGUGUUAAUAACUUGACUUGGGUGACCAAUUUACUGCGUAUUUUUGUGCUACGUUGAUUCACGUGAUUAUUGAGUGCUCAUCGAUAAUGGGAAUUUCUUUUUUCGUGGCGAUCCAAGUAAUUUUUUAAAUGAUUCGUUUGUUCUAGGUAUUUUAAUUAUUAUUUUGUCAUAUCUAGUGUCAUUUUGUGUAUGAAUAUGUGCGAAAGAAUCUCUCUUUCAGCUCAACAUUCUUUAAAUUGUUGGCAUUUAAUGGGUGAGGCAAUUGAGAAGUACAUGACAUUGAUUAUCAUCAAUUUUCCUCGUGUAUUUAUCAUUUUUUUACGACGCAAUUGACCAUGUACCGAAUUUCUAAGUAUUUGGUGUGUAUUAAAUUGACGCAUCUGCGGAGAUGUGAUCAUGUUAGUUAAUUAAUUAAUAAUGGACGAAAAAUUAUGUCAUUAUGACGCCAAAACCAACAUGCCAAACGAACAAUACUCAGCAAGUGUUCAAUGAGAGGCAUGAGACUACUGUCUCCACUGAAACGUCGUCAUUUGUAUUGGUUUUUUUUUCUCUUAGUAAAAAUUCUGGUGUCAAUGACGAAUUACCCACAGAUUAAUCGUAGUUUGGUUGUGCCACUUCAAGUUUAUUUGCUGUUAUCGUGCUCAAGUUGUCAGGCUUCUGUUUUCGUCUAGUUUUCCCAUUCGGCAUGCGAAUUUGAAGGGAACGACGACUUGUGAACGACAUGACGUUCCAUUUGUAAAUUUAAAUAAAUUAGGUCAUGAUUAAUGUCCAAAAAAAAAAUUAAGUAGAGAAAAUUAAGAAAAAUCUAAAUGUGAUGAUUAAUUGAUCUUUCUGAAACUGAGAAACUCUCAUGAUAAUUUCCGAACAAAUUCUUAUUAUAAUUAUGCAAUUAUACAUAACAAUAGUUGAAUAAAAAAUUCUAUAUACAUAAACAUGUACAUUUAAAUCAUUAUUUACGAUACGACUGAGAGAAUAGUGUUAACUAUGUCAGGAAUUACAAUGGCUUGGUGAUAAACUGUAGUUGGAGAAUGGUGGAGAUUACUCAUUCGAUUCAUUCACUCCGUCUUCCUCCACUGAUCUGUAACCCUUACAUUAAAAUCGGCUUGACUUUAUACUGAAACGGAUUGUAAUUAAACUAUUAAUCGCAACGAAAAUUUCCCACAAGGAGUGAAUAAACAAAAAUUAUAAAGAAAGAAAACAAAUUCCGUAAAUGGAUUGUAGAAUGUUCGUGGUGCUAUUUUUCUACGUGCACUUUCAGCUAAAUUUCAUAAAAAAUAUUACGAGAAAAAAAAUUGAAACGGUUCCACAUAGGGAAACCAAUUUGGUAACAUUUUCGCCGAUAUGAAACUCCUCCAAUGGUAUCUAAAAUACGUGUUAUUCUAAAAUAAUGAAACCAUUCUUGUGGAUGUUGAAACAAGUAUUUGAAUACACCGGUGUCAUUCCUCUAUCCGCAGUGUAAUAUACAUAACGUUUAGAGAAUUUUGAGAAGUGAAGCUCAUUUGCGGAAGAUAAUGAAUGAACAAGAAAUGGUGGUUUGAUUACACUCGUUCUUAGUAGUAGAGCGGAAGAGGGGAAAAAUAGACCCGUUUUAUUUCACUCAAAUGUUUGGAAAAUGGUGAUAACUCAUCGAAUUCGUGAUUUUCGUAUUUGUAAGGAAUGUCGAUGGAGGUCAAUUGAUGAAUUCAUUUCCGAGUUUUCAAUAUUCGAGAGAGAAUUGGGUGUCCAUUUUGCCCCCCUCCCCACUAACGCAUUUCUUGAUGGACAAUAUCCCAGGGAAGAUUGGUAAAAUAACGAAAAACCCUAAUAACAUUCAAAAGAACAAAGCCAGUCCCUCGUGAGAUAUUAUUAACAAAGAAUGCGCCAUAAAAUUAUAGUCUUAAGGAAACUAAAAAUUCUCAUAAUCGAUGUAUAUAACAAACUAACGAAAAUUUUCAGACCUGUAGCCGUUAAUUAAUUUCUAUUUAAAUAAUACAAUCUAAGCAAACCAAAAAAACUGAAUAAAAACUAUGUUUUGCAUUGAAA